CAUCAUAUGUUUUCCGUAACACUGUCGCAAGUGUUAACAUUCAUACACCUGCGAGCUGUUUAAGGCAGUGCAGACUCAUCGCUGAAAAAAAAUCUCCAUCAAAACACCGUUUUAUUCUUAUCGUGGAGGACUACGCGGGGUUAAAUUUGCGAUUGCUUGACGUACGUCGCGCGAGUUCACCAUCCCCGGCAAUAUGAUUAUAACGCUGAAAAACUUACAGCAACAGACGUUCACGAUAGAGAUCGACUCGUCGCAAACUGUUAAGGAUCUCAAGGAGAAGAUCGAAACGCAGAAAGGCUUCCCCGCGGAGCAUCAAAAGUUGAUAUAUGCUGGAAAAAUAUUAGUAGAUGAGCAACCUUUAACAGAAUAUAAUAUCGAUGAGAAGAAAUUUAUAGUUGUUAUGGUAACAAAGCCUAAACCUGGCGCUACACCUAAAACAAACGAAGAGCAGCAUGCAGAGGGUGAAAAGAAGGAAGAAUCCACUAGCUCGGCGACUACACAACCUAGUUCAAACCCUAAUGUUCAGGAUACUACACGAGCAGCUAGUAAUGUGCAAGAGCAACCUGUGGCAGCUACACCAGCAGCUGGUCAAGCAGAAAGUGCCUUGCUAAUGGGAGAAGAUUAUAAUACAAUGGUAAACAACAUCAUGGAUAUGGGGUACGAACGUGAACAGGUUGUACAAGCGUUACGCGCGAGUUUUAACAACCCCGAUAGAGCUGUCGAAUAUCUUCUGACAGGUAUACCAGCACAACUGUUUGAGGAUCCACCUGAAGAUCCACCGGAAGCUCAAGAGCAACUUCAAGAUCAAAGUCAAGAUCCCUUAGCCUUCUUGCGUUUGCAACCACAAUUUCAGCAAAUGCGUCAAGUCAUUCAACAAAAUCCACAGCUGCUCAACAAUCUUCUUCAGCAAAUCGGUUCCACUAAUCCUGCCCUUUUACAGCUCAUUUCUCAAAAUCAGGAAGCGUUUGUACGCAUGCUCAAUGAACCUGUGGAACCAACUAGUGGAACGGGGGCGCGAGUUUUGCCAACAUCCGGAGGUGGUGUAGCACCUGCAGCUGCAGCCGCGGCGGGAGGCGCUGUAAAUGGUGGAGCUGGUACGGGUGGUGCAGCAACGGGCGUAGGAUCUGGUUUAAUACAGAUAACACCACAGGACAGAGAUGCUAUCGAAAGGUUGAAGGCGCUAGGUUUCCCAGAACAUUUAGUCGUACAAGCGUAUUUCGCAUGUGAAAAGAAUGAAAAUCUUGCUGCUAAUUUCCUACUUUCGCAAAACCUCGAUGACUGAACCGCUCAUCUAAUCUUAUGCGGCGUUUCAAAUGAAAAAUAGGACUGACAGAGGGUGGAUGAUCGCACCAUUAUCAUUUUUACCUUACAAUAAUCAUCUUUACUUUGUAUAUAGAUAUACAAUAUCUAUGCUAUUUUAUUUGUUGUGUAGAUAAAACUCUGGUGUGUUUGGUAAGCGUUUGAAUCUAAGGAUAAGCGCAUACCAUAACUACAUAUAUGUCAACUCUUUUAAGCAUUGUUUCAUAUUUUUAAAACCAUAUUUCAUUUAACAUGUAACACAUGUUUAUGAGAGAAAGAAUUGUUGCUUACAGCAGACGGUGUUAUGAAAUCCAUCCUUACAGCCUACAAGUGCUCUACCAUAAGAUCUUAUAUUUCUUUAAUAUAUAUGGAGUAAAAAAAAUAUAAUUGCAUUUUUAUAUGAGAAAGCCUUACGAGCCUUACUCUGCAAAAGAAUACCUUGCAGUAAUUACAUAUUGAGGGUCGAGCAUAUAUAAACUGAAGAUGUGUUCACUCUCAUGUUAAGGUAUGUUUUAUACAUAUCUAAAUGUUUGCAUGUAGGUAAUAAAUGCAUUUUGUACAUUUCUUGGCUUUCUGAUAUAAAAAUUAUAGAACACAUUUGUUUGGAUAUGUGUAUUUGCGUAUAUUCGUAUUUAUGUAUGUAUGUACAAAGAGAUUUUCUAUUUUUAAAUGGUAAUAUAAAAAAAAUUGAUUUGAACGAUGUUAGACAGAAGAUCACAAUUCGAUAAAUUGUAACAGUUUGUCAUAAUAACUUUUUACAUAUAUAACUUUAUUCUCAAUCUAUUUUCUUGUGGUUCUAUACAAAUUUCACAUGUAACUUUUGCUAAUAGAGAUAACUUUUGCUUAUUGAAUCAAUUAGAAUUUGUAAUUUAGGUAAAAUAGUUAAAACACUAUGUAUCUAUCGAAUAAUCUUAAAAUUAUGAAUCCUUAAAAAUAUUGUUGUGUAUAUUGGAAUUAUAUUGGAAUUUUAUUAAAGCUAGAAUGGGAGAAUGUGAGAUUAUUAUAAACCGUUGUAAUGUCACAUCUCUGAUUGUAUCUUUUUUGCAGUAUAAAAUGAUAAGUGGUAUUAAUAUUCUUUUUUUUUGUACAAAGAACAAUUCACGAUUUAUACGUAUCACAUAAUUACAUACAUACGUAUGUACGUAUUUAUGCAUUUUACACAAGAAAUUCUGAAUUCUAGAAAUUUGUACAAUACGGUUACUUAUUAAUAUCAUUGAAACAAUAAUAAACAUUUAAAGAAUUUUCAUCGCUCUUACAUAUAUUUGGUACAAAAAUAUAAAAAAAAAUUAUUCGUUGGAGAGUUGUAGUAACUGCAUAAAAUUCUAAUCUGUUUGUUAUGCUGACUCAAGUAUUUUACUUCUUUUUUUCUAAGAAAAUAGAAAAAUUAAUAGAGAAGAACUCUGCUAUUAUAAAACAACACUCUCUGUUGUGUGCUCAACACACUUGUAAUACAUAACAUAAAUGAAUAAAUUACGAUUUACACAAAUA